AUGUCAAAUAUUAUUGAUAAUCAUUGUAUUGAUUAUUUUUUGCUUCAAUUCGAACGUAAGAACACCGUCCUCUUAUUGUCGAUAAUUGAUUACAAACUUGAACUUAUUACGGUUAGUAUAAUGCACGUAAUUAUCGUAGGACAAAGUUCACCACGAAGUUAUGUGGCAGUACCAACUAUGACAUUUGCAACAUCAUCUUAUUACAUUCGUGCUUUAUUGCCUAACGUGCAAAUGGCGAUUAGAAAUUCAUCAUUGAGUUACAAACUACCGUACAAAACACGAACCAUCGUCGAUAUACGCGACAUUAGGAUCUAUAUUUUUCUUUGUAUUUAUCAGAUGUUGGUAGUACCGAGUAUUGUAUUAGGUUUCGUUGGAUUUGAUUGUUUGUUCGCCAAUCUCUCAUUUCAUAUUACCGCACAAUUUGGAAUACUUAGUUGUAUGCUCAGAGAAAUUCUCGACGAUUCUAAUGCAUUUCAAUGUAAUAUAAGAGAACUUGUAUUACGGCAUUACAAAUUGAUAAGGCAAGCAAAAACAUUGGAAGAUAAUUUUAAUGUAAUAAUAUUACAACAAUUAAUGGGAUCAACGUUUCAACUAUGUGCAUCUGGUUAUAAUACAAUUCUGAAUUCUGUGGACAAAGAAGGAUUAACGUUAUUCAUAUUCUGUUUUUAUGCUACGAGCACAUUGUGUACAUUGUUUGUUUAUUGUUACAUCGGCGAAUGUCUUAUUCAGGAAGUAAUUAAAAUUAAUUUACGAGAUAACAGAGUGUUAUAUUUAAUUUGUUCGCCUAGUUUGAGCCUGAGCAACGCAUUUUAUCGUUACGAGUGGUAUAACGUGUCACCAGUGAACUUAAAAAUGGUUCAAAUUUGCAUGUUGCGAAUGAAGACGCCACAGCAACUAACGUCUGGUAAAUUUUUCGUUCUAUCAUUGGCCUCCUUUACCGACAUUCUCAAAACUACGAUGGGAUAUCUGUCACUAUUGCGAACGCUUCUAUGA